AUGAAGAAAGAAUUACAUCGCAAAUAUCUUUCAGAACAGUAUCGUCAAGAACUUUUCUUGAAGCUUCACCGAUUGAAUCAGCGUCAGUUAUCUGUGGAGGAGUAUGCCGCCGAAUUUGAACAAUUGGCAUUGAAAUGCGAUCUCAUCGAGCCUGAGGAGAAUACGAUAGCGAGGUUUCUGGAUGGCCUCCAACCCGACAUAGCUCACGUGGUGCAGUUACAAACCUUUUGGACCCUACAAGAUGUUAUCAAUCUAGCAUUGAAGGUGGAGAAACAACUAAAGAGCACGCCAGCUAAUCAUUCUAGACCCAGGGAAGUGUGGGAGGGUAAAUCUGCCCAAAGUUCAAAAGGUGGGACAUCCACGUCGCAAGGGGUGCUGACCACAUCCUCAUCAGUUGGGCGAGGGUGGAAUGGUGCAGGGGCCACCUCCGCACGCAAAUGCUUUAAAUGCCAAGGUUAUGGACAUAUUGCGUCCAAUUGUCCGACGAGGAUGGUCAUCACUGUCAUUGAAGAGGAGGAAUUGGAAGUUGACGCUGACCCACUGCAAGAAAUGGGCAAGGCCGAAACUGGGGGAUCUCUGGAACCUAAAAUCAUUUGUGCUGAUGAAGGUGAAUUGCUGGUCCUCCGCCGCUGUGAAAAUAUAGCUUCGUGUGCAUUGGUGGAGAAGUUGCAGAUCCCCACUGAAGUCCGUCCGCGCCCUUACAAACUAUCAUGGAUCCAACGGGGAAGCGAGGUUGAGGUGUCCAAAUGCUGUUUAAUUGCAUUUUCUAUUGGCAAAUUCCACAAUCAAGUGUGGUGUGAUGUGCUGCCCAUGGAUGCUUGUCACCUCCUAUUGGGCCGGCCGUGGCAGUAUGAUCGGCAGGCUCACCAUGAUGGGUCCGCCAAUACUUAUACAAUAACUCACAACGGAGAGAAGUUAUUGUUGAUGCCAAUGGAACCUCAUGGCAACAACUGCGCUAAAGAACCAAUGUUAAUGAAGAGGGUCGAGUGUCAGCUAGCCCUUCGACAAACAGAUGAGGGAUGCAUCCUCUUGCUCAAGGAGAAUACUACCGCACAAAUAGAAUUACCCAUUGAGGUACAACCCGUGCUAGAUGAAUUCCCGGAUGUGUGGGUGGAAGAACUACCCGUGGGAUUGCCACCUUUAAGAGAAGUGCAACACGCGGUGGAUUUGCUGCUAGGGGUAGUCUUGCUCAAUAGACCACCAUACCGACUUAGACUCGACGAGCACAUGGGGGCGACCAUCUUCUCCAAACUUGAUUUAAGAAGCGGUUAUCACCAAAUCCAGGUGCGGGAGGGUGAUGAAUGGAAGAAUGCUUUCAAGGUGAGAGACGGACUGUAUGAGUGGUUGGUGAUGCCCUUCGGGCUGUCCAAUGCCCCAAGCACCUUCAUGCGCCUCAUGAACCAGUUGUUCCAACCCUUAUUAAGCCGGUUUGUGAUCGUCUACUUUGAUGACAUUCUAGUCUACAGCCCUGACGUACAAGUCCACUUGCACCAUCUCCGGCAAGUGUUGUCGCUCUUACAGGAACAGAAGUUGUACUGUCACCCACACAAGUGUCGAUUCUUGGACACUCGAAUCCAAUUCUUAGGAUUCAUAAUAUCAGCCAAUGGGAUUGAGGUAGACCCGAGCAAAGUAGAAGCCAUAAACAAUUGGCCCGUCCCCAGUUCGACAACUGAAGUGCGCCGGUUCCUCGGCCUAGCAUACUUUUACAGGCGGUUUGUCGCCAACUUCAGCUCGGUGGCUGCUCCCCUUACCGGUCUACUUAAAUCGGAUUCCUUCACAUGGACAGACAAAGCUCAGCACAAUUUCUAA